AUGUCGUCCGGCGGAGGAAAUCAAAAAUCUGACGGUCAAGUCGAAGAGGACGCCGCUGAAUGCAAGUUUCCGAAAGAAUUCGAAACAACCACAUGUGAUGCACUCCUUACUGCCGAAGUCUACUUGCUUCUGGAACAUCGUCGACAGUCGAAUGAGUCAAAAGACGAAAUCGAAGAGAUGAGCGAGGUGUUCAUCAAAACGCUCAAUUACGCUCGACGAAUGUCUCGAUUCAAAAAUCGUGAAACCAUCCGUGCAGUCCGUGCAAUUUUUUCUGAGAAACAUCUUCACAAAUUUGAGGUCGCCCAAAUCGCAAAUCUGUGCCCUGAGAACGCUGAAGAAGCAAAAGCAUUGGUACCGUCUCUGGAAAAUAAAAUAGAAGAAUCAGAGCUCGAAGAAGUUCUCAAAGAUCUCCAGUCAAAGAGAACAUUCCAAUAA